AUGAUAAUAUUAACAAAAAGAUCUGUUAGCAAUUUUUUAUUAGCUAAUGAAAAGUCUAUUUUAAGAUUGCUAUCUCAAAUAACAUCCUUUAAAGCUAAGACCAACAAAGAAUUAAAUAAUUAUCAUUUUAGUUGCAUACAUUUAAGUUGCAAAAAACAAAAAAACCAAAACAAAAAAAGUUAUUUUUAUUUACAUAACUCAAUCAGAAAACAAUUAAAGAGAUUUAGUUUUAUAUCACUCCAAAAAGUUAAGAAUAAUCCAACAUAUAGAUACUUGCUUAUCCAUCGAAAAUAUUAAAUCAAGUAUAAAUUUUCAAGAUCUUUAGCUUUAUUUGGCUUCAGAAACAGAUAUAAGUUCCAAUUUAAAAUCUGUUUUAUGCACCGUGUUAUUAAGGUUCAAAAACAAAUAGCCAGCUCAUUUAAUCAAAUGCAAAAUGUAAUAAGACUGCUAUCUAAUUUGUCAAUAAUAUAGAUCGGGUAUAUUAUAUCCUAAAUAAUUUCUAAUCAAUAAUAUGCGUGUGA